UUCUUAUACACUGCACUGCAAAGCGCUUACACGUUGCGCAUGGAGUCUCGCCGUCGCAACGAAUCUUCCUCCUUCGGCAGCGCUCGCAGGCAUUGGAGACAGAUUUUCUCCUGGGCUGCCAGUCCUUUACGGCCGUUGGAGAGAAGCGCGCAGGACCUUCACCAGAAGGUAGUGAAGCUUUUCUUUCUCUCAGUAUAG